GAGGUGGUCAGAUGGGAGUGAUUUCAAUUUCAGACUCUGGGAUAUGGAGUUAUUUAAUGAUGGACAAAGCAGCAACACAUGUGCUAUGACUCUGUUAAACAGAUCAGGAACAUGGAGCUCUGAUGAAUGUAACAAGACAAAACCCUUCUUCUGUUAUGAUGAUAAAGUGAUCCUGAUCACAGAAAAUAAGACCUGGGAGGAGGCCUUGUACUACUGCAGAGAGAACUACCGUGACCUGGUUUCCAUCACAAACCCUCAAGAGCAAGGAUGGGUCCAGGAAAAGGUCAAUAAUGCUUCAACUCCUUUUGUGUGGUUGGGGCUGCGCUACACCUGCACUCUGGGUUUCUGGUUCUGGGUCACUGAUGAGGUGGUUGAAUAUAAAAACUGGAACUCUGCUGGAAUAAAUGAUGACUGUGACAUGUCUGGAGCCAUGGACAGUGGAGGAGACCAUAGCCACUGCAUUAAUUCUCACCCGCGGGCAACACAGCCUGACCUCAGCUGUGUGCCGCUUGCUACCGCCCAGCUUCCCCUAGGGCUGGCGCCGGUAACAAUUGGGGGCUCGUCCGGGAUGCAUCUGGAGUGA